CACCUGUUAUACGUUAUACUGGUAAAUUACAAAAUGGUGACACAUGGUAUCUUGUAGUAACAUCGUUGUGUGCUCUUUUUAUCUUUAGAAUGCACUUUCAUCAGAUAGUCAGAAUUUGAAUAAGGCUAGAAAAAAGUGUUCCAACAUGAUGUCAACAAGAUAUAUUUCUUUUAUAUCUGGAAUAAUAAUAGCUUCAUUAACAUGGGCCUCUAGUUUAUAUCUUUAUUCAAGAUUAUCUCAAAAUACUAAUACUGCAAAUCCAACAAUGUUAGUAUUAGAGAAUUCAAAGUUAGGAAAAGACUCCCAAUUUUAUCAUAAAACUUAUAGUAAUCAACAUCUUAAAUUCCACAAUAAUUUAAUUGCUCAUCAUGACAAACAAAGUAUGAUAGAUAAAGGUACUUAUAAUUUAAGGAGAAAUGCCUUUAAAAAUAGUGACAAACUAUUACAACAAUUACAACCUGUACCAGUAAAACCUGCUGUUACAUUAGGACAAGGUUUAGAUGAACUAGGGAUGGUAAAAAAUUUUGAAGAUCAACGAAAACGAGAUGAAGGAUAUAAAAAUUAUUCCUUUAAUAUAUUAGUAUCAGAUAACAUUGGGUUGCAUAGAGAAUUACCAGAUACGAGGCAUAAAUUAUGUGAAAUACAGAAGUAUUCUUCUAAGUUACCAAAUGCUAGUAUUGUUAUAUGUUUUUAUAAUGAACAUUAUAUGACACUUUUAAGAUCCUUGCAUUCCAUUAUUGAUAGAACUCCUGCAAGUCUUCUACAUGAAAUUAUCUUAGUAAAUGAUUGGAGUGAUAGCAAAGCGUUACAUGAAAAGAUUGAGACAUACAUUGCCAACAAUUUUAAUGGUAAAGUGAAAUUUUUUAAAACAGAGAAACGAGAAGGAUUGAUUAGAGCAAGAAUGUUUGGUGCAAGAAAAGCAACUGGAGAAAUUUUAAUUUUCUUAGACAGUCAUAUAGAAGUAAACAAAAGAUGGAUAGAACCCCUCCUCUCACAAAUUGCUCAUUCAAAAACUAUCAUUGCCAUGCCAGUUAUUGAUAUAAUUAAUCCAGACACAUUUCAAUAUACUGGUAGUCCUCUGGUAAGAGGAGGUUUUAAUUGGGGUUUGCAUUUUAAAUGGGAUAAUGUGCCAGUUGGUACAUUUGCUCAUGAUGAAGAUUUUAUAAAACCUAUAAAGUCUCCAACAAUGGCUGGAGGUUUAUUUGCAAUGGACAGAAAAUACUUUACAAAAUUGGGAGAAUAUGAUGCUGGUAUGGAUAUCUGGGGCGGUGAAAAUCUUGAAAUAUCAUUUAGAAUUUGGAUGUGUGGUGGAAGUAUUGAAUUAAUACCAUGCUCAAGAGUUGGACAUGUAUUUAGGAGAAGGAGACCAUAUGGUACAUUUGAUCAACAUGAUACUAUGUUGAAAAAUUCAUUACGCGUCGCACAUGUUUGGUUAGAUGAAUAUAAAGAUUACUUUUUAAAAAAUGUUCAAAAAGUCGAUUACGGUGAUAUUUCGGAAAGAUUAAAUUUAAGGAAGAGAUUAAAAUGUAAAAAUUUUGCAUGGUAUUUAAAUGUAGUAUACCCUGAACUAGCAUUACCAGAUGAUAAUAAAAAUAGAUUAAAAGAUAAAUGGGCAAAAAUCGAACAGAAACCGAUACAACCCUGGCAUUCUAGAAAAAGAAAUUACACUGAUCAAUAUCAAAUUAGACUUUCUAAUUCAGCAUUAUGCAUUCAAAGUGAGAAAGAUAUUAAAACAAAAGGUUCUAAGCUUAUAUUAGCACCAUGUUUAAGAAUUAAAUCACAGAUGUGGUAUGAGACUAGUAAAAACGAAUUAGUACUUGGCCAGAUGCUUUGCAUGGAAGGAGCUGAGAAAGUUCCAAAGCUUGGAAAAUGUCAUGAGAUGGGUGGUAAUCAAGAAUGGCAUCAUAAAAAUACUAAUAAUACACCUAUAUAUAACAUGGCAGCUGGCACAUGCUUGGGAAUAAUGCGUGGAUUAAAAAGUACACAAAUAGUAAUGGAUUUGUGCACUAAAAAAGAUACAAGCUCUAUAUCAUGGGAUUUGGUACACUCUAAAAUUCUUUUAAAAGAAAUUAGGUGACAUCAAAUGGAGUAGUGGUAGUUACAGAAAUAAAAGAUAAAAAAUAGAUUUUUAGAGAAAAAAGGUAAUAAGAGGAAAAUUAUCAUAAUUAUCAUAAAUUUUAACAAGCGUUUGUGAUAUGGAAUAGAUUAUUAUGAAAGUUU